GUUGGCUGUGGUCGUCGUGGCUGACGUAGGUGGCUUGUUUGGGAAGCCUGAUAGGUGACCAAGGCGUAACGAUCUGAGUGACAUGUGGUGUCCUGACAGCUGAAGCCAGCAUCACCAUGGCUCCACCUGUGGUGAUCCACUGGUUCCGCAAGGGCCUGCGCCUGCAUGACAACCCGGCCCUUCUUGCGGCCGCCGCCUACGCCGAGCGCACGGGCGCCCACCUGCGGCCCAUCUUCAUCCUGGACCCGCACUUCGUCCGCUCGGGCCGCGUGGGCGCCAACCGCUGGCGCUUCCUGGCGGGCGCGCUGGCCGACCUGGCGGCGUCGCUGGCGGCGCGCGGCUCCCGGCUGUUCGUGUGUCGCGGCGCACCCGAGGCGGUGCUGGCGCGGCUCAUCCCGGACUGGGACGUGCGCCACCUGACGUUCGAGGCCGACACCGAGCCGUACGCGGUGGCGCGCGACGCGCGCGUCACGGCGCUGGCGCGCCAGCUGAGCUGCGCCGUCACGGCCGUCACUUCGCACACGCUGUUCGAGCCGGCGCGUGUGUGCGCGGCCAACGGCGGCCGUGCGCCGCUCACCUACCAGAAGAUGGUGUCGCUGGCGGGUCAGCUGGGCGCGCCGCCGGCCGCCGAGCCGGCGCCUGCCUCGCUGCCGGCGCCCGGCAAGUGCCCGGGCGAACACGCGCCGCCGACGCUGCACGAGCUGGGCGUGGACGCAGAGCGGGUCCCGGCCGAGCUGUACCCGGGCGGCGAGACGGAGGGCCUGGCGCGGCUGGAACGGCACCUGGCGCGCGCCGCCUGGUGCUGCCGCUUCCAGAAGCCGCAGACGGCGCCCAACUCGCUGGCGCCGAGCACGACCGUGCUUAGCCCGUACCUCAAGUUUGGCUGUGUAUCAGCGCGGCUCUUCUACCACCGGCUGGCGGCCGUGUACCGGGCCGGCGGCACGCAUACGCAGCCGCCCGUCUCGCUGCACGGUCAGCUGCUCUGGCGCGAGUUCUUUUACACGGUGGGCGCUAGCACGCCCAACUUCGACCGCAUGGAGGGCAACCCCAUCUGCCGACAGAUACCGUGGCAAAAGAAUGAGGAGCACCUCAAGGCGUGGACCGAGGGUCGGACUGGGUACCCGUUCAUCGAUGCCAUCAUGACCCAGCUGCGGCAGGAGGGCUGGAUCCACCACCUGGCGCGGCACGCGGUCGCCUGCUUCCUGACGCGCGGCGACCUCUUCAUCAGCUGGGAGGAGGGCAUGAAGGUGUUUGACGAACUCCUGCUGGACUCUGACUGGUCGCUGAAUGCCGCCAACUGGAUGUGGCUGUCGGCCUCGGCGUUCUUCCACCAGUUCUUCCGCGUCUACAGUCCUGUGGCGUUUGGGAAGAAGACAGACCCCAAUGGGGAUUACAUCAAGAAGUACCUUCCUAAGCUUAAAAAGUACCCGUCGCAGUACAUCUACGAGCCGUGGAAGGCGCCGCUUAGUGUGCAGAGGGCGGCCGGCUGCGUCAUCGGCACCGACUACCCCGCGCCGAUCGUCGACCACGACACGGUCCGGCCGCGUAACAUCGAGUGGAUGGCGGCCGCCUACAAGAAAGGCAAGCCUGCCGGGCCGCCGGCCGCCGCCGCACCAGUCCAGAAGGCGUCCGCCGGCAGCCCGAGCGAGCAGCCCGCUGCAGCCCGGAAACGACCCGCCAGCGGCGGCAACAAGCCCGCCCAGAAGCGCUCUGGCGGCGGACAGAACAAGGCCAAGGCACGCCCGGCCGGCCAGUAGUCGGACGCGGGGCUGCGCGGCCUGGGAUGGCGGCCACUGGCAGUGCGGGAUGCGGUGCCACUCCACGCUCUUGCACUGUGGCGCGACGCACGAGCGGCUCCUCCGAACUCCCGAGGACGAGUCCGCGAGCGUCCUGUCGCAGUCCUUCAUUGUUUCUCGCCGUGACGAUGCUUACGAGCGUACUUGCGUGACCUCUCUAAUGUGUAAUCAUUGUUGGCCGCGUAACGGGGCCUGAAAUUUGGCUAGCUCCCUCGGACUUGUGAGCUGGAUGGGUUUUGUUCCGUUCCUAUGCCUGCCAAGGUUUGACUUGGCAUGAAAAUGAAUCGUAGGUGCAGACAUGCUGCCUGGGAUCAAGAGCAGUACCUGUAGUGCAGGUACCACGCGUUCCACGAACUCAUCGCGGUUGGUGUCCACUGCCUCCGUCCGUGCUUGCCAGGGUAGUUUGCAGUUGUGAUGUGUAGUGCGCUUUAUGGUGGCGUUUGGAACCUUUUUCCCGUAUUUACCAGGAACAGCCGGAAGACGGCUCGAUGUGAGGACGGGCGCCGUGCGUGAAGCUGUGAGUCAGCCAGCGAAGGGUUGCUUUAACGCGAAUACCCAGUUCUUUUCUGUGUGGAUCAGGUAGCCGAUUGGCCAAGACUCAGGUUGUUACGUGUCAGGGAAUUGGAAUCUCCCAGCUGUGGCCAUCACUGACGUGUUUGGCAGUGCAUUAACGUCCCGGCUGCUUCUGGUUGGUCCGCCGCGCCGUGUACGUCAUCGGAGCAGGCCUCUCGUGUCACCUCUCCGGACCGGGCCUCUCGUGUCACCUCUCCGGACCAGGCGCCGCGGGUCUCCUCUCAGGAGCAGGCCUCGCGGGUCUCCUCUCAGGAGCAGGCCUCGCGGGUCUCUCCAGACCAGACCUCCCCGGUCCCUCUCCACGGAUGAGACCUCGCGGGUCUCCCCUCCGGAGCAUGUCUGGCUGGUCUCCUCCCCAGGCCAGGCCUCGCGGAUGGGGAUGGCCGUCACGUGUUGCGGACCGUGCCGCGGCGGCGGGCGAUGACUGAUAUUCCGCUGUUUCCCUCGAACUGCUGUUUCAGCUUUCAGCCCGGGAAGGCCGUGCGCCGAACGCGGUGUGUCGAUCGAAGUGACCGACCGUACAACAGCGCUCAGGUGACGCCCCCGCUUUUCGCGGGAUCGACGCCUCCCCCCCCCCCCCCCUCCCCGAAACACGAGUCGGCGCCUCGCAUGAACUGUAGUCGUGGUCCAUGAAUCCGAGCAUGGCCCUCGCUGUUGGCUUUCUCCCUAUGUCUUGCUAUGCCUUUCUACGUAUGCAAUGCUGAUAUUACCGAGUCUCCUGUUCGCUGAACAACAGCGGCGCGCGCUGUGUGGAAGACACGUCAGCCCGUUUGUGCUCCCUUAGCUAGGACCUUUCUAAUGACAAUACACGACACUCGAUGA